UCUGCCUCCGCACCUCAACCGCCCGCAGUGCCCUUGGACGCUGCCGCGCUGCCCGCCUGCACCGCGCUCUGACCGGCUGCCUCUCUGAGAGAGUUCCCCUCCCGGACCCUUAUUUACUUCAGGACUGCAGUCGCAUCAGGCGCCCGUGAGAAAUUAAUGGGGAAGCUCCGAGGAUAAACACGGGGUGAGGGGGGGUUUCGCCACUGCAGAGGGGACCUGCCGCUUGUUUGCAGCCCCCCGGCGGAGGGAGGCAGAGGAGGAGGAGAAGGGGCUGMGCAGUCUGUCAGAGGCUUCACUGUUUGGAUCAUUUGAAACUGCCCCUGCAUGGAUGCACCAUGGCUACGUUUAUAUGCAGGGUGCAGUUCUUAGAUGAUACUGAUCCGUUCAAUAGCACCAAUUUUCCUGAGCCCACCAGACCACCUCUGUACACUUUCAGGUUGGAUAUUCCUCUGAUCAAUCAGAUUGCUGGAGUCCACAGGCUGCUGAAAGCCCCACACAAGCCUGAUGACUGCGCCCUCCAGUUGUCCCACAAUGGAAGCUAUUUGGAUUUGGAGUCCACCUUGGCAGAGCAAAAAGAUGAACUGGAGGGAUUCCAGGAGGAUGGAGGGAGGGGGAAGAAACACAGCAUCAUUCUUCGAACACAGCUGUCAGUCAGAGUUCAUGCCUGCAUUGAAAAACUCUACAACUCAACAGGACGGGAGCUCCGGAGAGCCCUCUUUUCUCUGAAGCAGAUUUUUCAGGAUGACAAAGACUUGGUGCAUGAGUUCGUGGUGGCCGAAGGCCUGACGUGUUUAAUAAAAGUUGGAGCCGAAGCGGAUCAGAACUACCAGAAUUACAUCCUCAGGGCUCUGGGUCAGAUAAUGCUGUAUGUUGAUGGGAUGAACGGCCUCAUAUGUCACAAUGAAACAGUCCAGUGGCUCUACAGCUUGGUUGGAUCAAAGUUUCGUCUGGUGGUUAAGACGUCUCUAAAGCUGCUGCUGGUCUUUGUGGAGUACACAGAAAGUAAUGCUGCCCUGCUCAUAAAGGCUGUGAACACUGUGGAUGCAAAAAGAGAUACAAAACUAUGGUCAAACAUCAUGGAGAUCCUGGAGGAGAAGGAUGGUGUGGAUACUGAGCUGCUGGUGUUUGCAAUGACACUCAUUAAUAAGACUCUGGCAGGCCUUCCGGACCAGGACUCGUACUAUGACCUGGUGGACUGUCUUGAGGAGCAGGGUAUUGAAGCCACAGCCCAGAGACACCUGAGCAGAAAAGGCACCGACCUCGAUCUUACAGAACAGUUCAAUAUCUACGAGAUGACUCUUCGUCACGAGGACGGGGAUGAUGAAGCGCAGCUGCCGCCGAACGGCAGGAAAGACCGGCGGAGGGCUAGCGUCGGCUGCACCAACGAGAGGCGGGGCCUGGACAGGAGGCGGAGCCGGAGACAUUCGCUUCAGAACGGCAGAGACCACGCUUCGGCCUCAGCUGCUCCCAGCAGCCCUCAAAUUCACUCCAGCUUCCUGUCGGCUGGUGGCGGCAGGGUGGAAGACAUCUGUGAGAGAGAAGAGGAAGACGAAGAAGAAGAAGAAGAAGAAGAUGAUGAUGAUGAUGAUGAUGUGGAGGAGGAGGCAGAUGAUGAAAGUCAUCCAGUCACUGAGUCCUCUAGACAGGGCGCUCACAGUCUGACAGAAACUAAACCUGCUACAGCUUACUCAGCCAGAAGGCCCUGCUGGGCUGAAAGAAUCAGUGCUGGAGGUUCUUCRUUCUCUGACAGAAACCAGACUCCCACAUCACCCGUUCAUCGCCUCUCGAGCUCAGCGCCGUCCACACUGGACUCCAAACCCGGCAGCAGAUCUAGUUUUGGGAGCUUGCUCACAUCUUCCUACAGGCAGCAUCAGGAGUCUCUGGCUGCAGAACGAGAGAGGAGAUGCUUGGAGCGAGAGGAGCGGCUGCAGAGAAUCGAGAGAGAAGAAAGGAACCGCUUAAAUCGAGAUUAUGGAGAGAAGAGGGAAGAAAUGAGACAAGCCAGAGAGGAGAGGUUCAGAGCAGCCGAGCGCUUCGCCGCCGACAAGUUGGAGCGAGAGCGCCCCAGAGCGCCGACACGGGGGCGAACCGAGAUCACGCUGUGCCUGAGUCCGACACCGUCCAGCCGCUCCGCCUCGCGCUGUGUCACACCUUUACCUGCCGUGUCACAGGAAGACACCGCCAUCACGCCUAAACCACAUUUAGCAAAAGAACACAUCUCAGGUCCAAAGCUCGACCCCCAAAGCAAACCCAAAAGUUGUGCACCUGAGUUAUCAGCAGCAGGACCUUCCCCAGCCCCUCCCUCAGAAGCAGACAAACAGCAGACCGAUGCAGAGGCCGAAGAUGCUGCAGAGACUCGAGCUAAUGAGGAUGYAGCAGCGCAGCCGGAGGAAGAGUCGGGCAGAGGGGGAGAGGAGACGCGAGACGAGGGGACAGAGCAGAGCACGGAGGAGGCAGCUGACGUCGCAGAGGUCAGAGAGAUGGAGGUGGACGUGGAGUUAGAGGAGGAGACUGAGAAGGUGCAGCUGGCAGGGAGGGAUGUAGAAGACAGCAUACUGCUGAGUGAGAAGGAGAGACAGAAUGAGGAAAUGAAUGAGAAGGACAACUGCUCUGCCUCCAGCAUUUCUUCUACAAGCAGCACUCUGGAGAGGGAGGAGCGGGAGGAGAAAAUCACCAAUGACAUGAAAGCAGGUCAGUGGGCUCUAGAAGACGCGGACGUGAACGACCAGUGCAAGAAGAUUCUCAAUAACAAGCGUUUCAUGCUGGAAAUGCUUUACGCUCAGAAGGCUGUCACCGAGGACGAGGGAGAUGCGGGGGAAUCCGAGAAGGAGAAAUGCACGCGUGAGAAAGAGACGAGUGACUCUGUGAGCAGUUUGGUCAGCAGGAUCUCCACGCUGGACGCGAACAGGCAGGCCAGAGAGGAAACUGUGCAAAAAAUGGAGGUGGGACACCUGGACAACCAUGGCAGUGUCCGAACAGUGGCGGGGAAGUUUGGGGAUUUGGUCAAAGGCCUGACGUCCCUACAGGAGGUGGAGGCCUCUAAAGAGCAGCAGACUGACAAACCGUCAGCGUCCGCCUUGUCUGCGUUACCCCCCAAGAAAGAGUCGGAUCAUAUCUGGGAUCAGCUGAUGGCUACACCCAGGGAGCUGCGCAUCAAAGACAUGGACUUCACUGACCUAAAAGACGAGGACGACUUGGACAUUUUAGAUAUGGACAAUGUGAUGGGCUCACCCCCCACCCCGUGCGGCUCUGCCCUCCCCCCACCUCCACCCUUGUUUGGGUGCCCCCCGCCUCCUCCCAUAUUUGGUAAAAUGAUGCCCCCGCCUCCUCCGUUCAUGGCUGCCGUUCCUCCCCCCUCCCCUCACCUGAGCCGGGGGGAGGCGCCGCUGUUCCAGAAGAAAAAGAAGACCAUCCGUCUGUUCUGGAACGAGGUGCGUCCCGUGGACUGGCAGUGUAAGAGUCAUAAGUUCUGUAAGGAGUCCAUGUGGUCCAAACUGGAGCCCAUUAAACUGGACACGUCCAAACUAGAGCAGCUGUUCGAGUCCAAAUCCAAGGAGUUGUCUGUCACAAAGAAAGCAGCAGUUGAUGGCAAACGACAGGAGAUCAUUGUCUUGGAUUCAAAGCGCAGCAACGCGAUAAACAUCGGACUAACAGUUUUACCACCCCCUCGCACAAUAAAGACAGCUAUUCUUAACUUCGAUGAGUAUGCACUAAACAAGGAAGGCAUUGAGAAAAUCCUCCCAAUGAUCCCCACCGAGGAGGAGAAGCAGAAGAUCCAGGAGGCUCAGCUGAUGAACCCGGACAUUCCUCUGGGCAGCGCGGAGCAGUUCCUGCUCACCCUCUCCUCCAUCACAGAGCUGUCAGCUCGUCUGCAGCUGUGGGCGUUCAAGAUGGACUACGAGCUUCUGGAGAAGGCCAAAGGCUUCGAGUUGAGUUAUUUGGAGAAAGUCCCAGAGGUGAAGGACACGGUUCACAAGCAGUCACUGCUGCAUCACGCCUGCUCCAUCGUGGUCGAGAAGUUUCCAGACAGCUCAGAUCUCUACUCUGAGAUCGGAGCCAUCACACGCUUGGCCAAGGUGGAUUUUGACCAGCUUCAGGACAACCUGGCCCAGAUGGAGCGAAGGUGCAAAGCAUCGUGGGAUCACCUGAAAGUCAUUGCAAAACAUGAGAUGAAACCAGCGUUGAAGCAAAAGAUGUCCGACUUCCUCAAAGACUGUGCCGAGAGAAUCAUAAUUCUCAAAAUCGUACAUCGUAGGAUCCUCAACAGGUUUCAUGCCUUUCUGUUGUUCCUCGGCCAUCCGAUAUACGCGGCCCGCGAGGUCAGCAUUCAUCGCUUCAGUAAAAUCCUGAGCGAGUUUGCCCUGGAGUAUCGCACGACGAGGGAGCGCGUGCUGCAGCAGAAACAGAAGAGGGCCAACCACAGAGAGAGGAACAAGACCAGGGGCAAAAUGAUAACAGAUAGUGGUAAAUUUGGCRGUGCCACCUCAGACGCACAGGAGAGCCAGCCUCAGGGGAUCCAGUCUGCUGARGCUGCGGCUGAACACGAGAACAUGAAGGCUGUGUUGAAAAGCAGCCCGCAGGAAGACAGCRGCACGUCCACAGUGCCAGGCCUCCGAACCCGGACCAGAGCCGGCGCCAUCAGGGGACGCCUGGCCCCGUGGUGUUCUGUCAGCGACGACCCAAUCCACUGCACAGACGACACGGCCGACGAGAUCAUGGAGCGGAUCGUUCGCUCGGCCACUCAAGGGCCCGGCCAGCGGACACAGCCUCGGGAGAGGAGACGAUCCAGAGCGAAUCGGAAAUCACUGAGGAGGACUCUGAAGAGCGGUCUGACGACAGAGGAGGCCAACGCUCUCGGUCUGUCCAGCGGCUCAGAGAUGCAGGUGUGAGCCGGAUCCGGAUCCUGCUGAACUCUAGGACACCUGUAGACCCUUUCACUGCCCCCUCCCAGUCCUUUCUAAACUGGAAACAACAGCCCCACCCCCUCAAACGUGAUGAGUUGAUCUCAUCUUUUACAGGUUUGGUUUAGACGCCUCCGCGGAGAGGGAGGACAAAACCAAGUUUUAAAUCCUAAACUGCUGGGCAAGAAAACGAGCACUGCAUUCAAACCACUGAGCUUCGCUUCUGCUGGAAGAACAGAUAAAACUGUUUUUGCGAGGCUUUUAUUGUUGAAGUUUGCCGGGGUGGUAGAUGGUGGGGCGAGGGGGGGAUAUGACCAAUGAUGAGGGCAUCGAAACUAAAGUUCCAGCCUUUGCGGUCGUGACUGGAUCCAGAGGACAGGAAGUGUGGCGGACUGUGUGCAGCCUCACGCUGGAGCUGAAACAUCACAUCUAUUGCAUAGAUGGCUUCAUGCAGAAGGGUUUUUCUGUUCUAUACUACUGCGGUUCUUUUGUGUUUCAUCUUGCUUCAAGGUGCUAAAAYGAUUGCACUGGAUGUAAAACGUCGGGCGUCGUCGGACGGUGAGCUCCUCGACGCCGAAGACUCUGAAACUCUGCUCGUUAAGCAGCUGUUUGACAGCUUUUCACACGUUUAAUCCAAGGAAAAAGAUUAGUUUACUAAUCGUGAGAGAAGUUUACCAGUGUAGAUAUAUUUUUAAAAGCCUAAACAGAAGGUUCAGCAUUGUUAUCUGAUCCAUUCUCACUCAAAAGCUGAAAAAAAAAACUAGACUUUUGAGCAAGGUGGGCGCAGUGAGCAAUCUGUUUUAUUUUGUAGAGUCUAUGAGCUGCACAGAUCAGAGUGCCUUGCUGACACCGUUAUUUAUUAAAAUGUUUUCAGGGACAUGUCAUCACAAAUAUCUAAUACAGGUGUGUGAUCUGUGAGCAUGAAGUUUAUUAGAACCAGCUCAGCUGUUUUUGCCUCCCCAUGUUUUGGUUUUAUAAAGAUGAGCUAUUUGACAGUUGAGGAUUAAAGGUUAAACAGGAGCUGGUUAUUAAAGCUUUACUGUAUAAUAAAGGCAUCAAUGUGUAACUCAA